AUGAAUACUAAAGGUGAUGCUAUCUCAUUAGAAGAAGAAACAACCCAAUCAAUAUUAACAACUGAAGAUAUGUUUAGUAUAGAUGAUACUAAUACAAAUAUUAAAAAAAUAGAAGAAAAACCAUUUAAAGUAUUGAUGGUAGGAGAUGAAGGAGUAGGGAAGACUUGUUUAGUGAAGCAAUUUAUUAAUAAAAAGAAUAAAGAAGAUGGAAAAUCUAAUAUUUGUUAUACUAAAAUAAUAAAUAUUUCAGGAGAUGAUAUUGUAUUACAAGUUUGGGAUUUUGAAUCAAAACAACAAGAUUCAAUGAUGUCAAGAAGUUAUUAUGAAGGAUGUAAUGUUGUCAUUGUAGUAUUUGAUAUUUCUGAUAGAACAACAUAUGAAAGUGUUAAAGGAUGGUUAAAAGAUGUUGGGUAUUAUGCACCUAAAGAUAUUAUUAAAUAUCUUGUAGGAAAUAAAACUGAUUUAGCUGCAAAUAGAAUUGUUUCUAGUCAAGAGGCAGAAGACCUUGCUAAAAGAGAAGGGUUUGAAUAUAUUGAAACAAGUGCUAAAUCAAAUAAUAAUGUAGAUGAAUUAUUUCAACAAAUUGGAAGAUUAUUAGUUCAAAAUAAUUUAUUAAUAACAACAAAUACACCACAACCAUUUCCUAAAUUAAAGAAGAAAACACAGUGUUGUAUUAUUGUAUAA